AUAAACCAAAACCAAGAGCAACCAAAAAUAGUUAUUAUGGCUGUCACACAAGAACAGGAACAGCAAACCCAACUCCUUGGCCACAAAGAUCUAGCUCACAAGAGCCUCCUUCAGAGCGAUGCACUCUACCAGUAUAUACUUGACACCAGCGUACACCCUAGAGAGCAUGAAAGCCUCAAGGAGCUCAGAGAGAUGACAGAAAAACACCCUUGGAACCUCAUGGCUACACCACCAGACGAAGGACAAUUUCUGAGCAUGCUUCUUAAGCUCAUGAAUGCCAAGAACACAAUGGAAAUUGGUGUGUACACCGGUUACUCUCUUCUUUCCACGGCCCUGGCUCUUCCCCCUGAUGGAAAGAUCUUGGCUUUGGACGUGAACCGCGAACACUAUGAAUUGGGUUUGCCCAUCAUUGAAAAAGCUGGUGUCGCUCACAAGAUCGACUUCAGAGAAGGACCUGCUCUUCCUUUUCUUGACGAGCUGCUUAAAGAUGUGUGUACAUCCUUAAUGUGCAACAUCUUAAAUUUUAUCCAUGCUUUAAAUAUUGGUUAGCUUACACUUUUGAUUAACUGGGGUAAAAUGCUUAUGAAUUUUAAACAAAA